AUGGCCGACGUUGCCGAAUGGUGCUAUCCGGGCGUGGCUUCCUUGCUACAUAGCUUUGUCCCGGUCAUCCAAAGCGACAGCAUACCACUCUACAAGCCAGGCUAUUUUGGGGUGUAUAAUCUCAAGGCAGACAGAAGCCAAAUGUCAGUCCCCGAGAAGUUUAAUGAGGACAAACUCAUCCUGAUGGAGCCCCUUCCUGAAUUCUGCCUCAUGGACCGGUUCAAGUGGCAAUUCCCUGGUCGAGACGAGAUCACUACAGGAUUCAUCGAUUUGUCAAAAGUCAUGAUGGACGCGAUUCACGCCACGAGGCACAGCCGUUUGAGUGCCUGGGCAGACCUUCGAAUGACUGGCUUACGCAUCUCAAAAACCAUCGACGACUUUUGGAAACUGUCCAAGACGCACCCAAAACCAACUUUCUGGCCUUCUGAAGGCGACGAGGAGAUCAGACGUAUCCGCAAGAGCAUUGAAGUGUUUGUCGAGAAAGACCCUCUGCAGGAGAUGAAGGAGGAAUCGGCACGAACCCUCGGUCGUCCCUCCUAUCCGUCCCCAGAUCACCUAAUGCUCUCGAGAAAUCCAAUGCUUUGUGGUCUGAUGACAUUUCAGCUCAACCUUCGCAUGCAAACCAUUGGCCAGGGCCUUGUUACCCAAUGGUACGAGGUUCCGCAGUUGGCUUUCCUUUACAACCUAGUCCAACAAACGGCUGAUCCGACUCUUUCCUGGCCUGACAUGGAACUUUUCAUCAGGAUCCAUGGCGAAGACCGCAUCUUUGUCGGUAACAGACCUAAAGAUGCCGCCCAAUCGCUCAACAGGCUUGAGAUCGUCACGGGAGUAUCAGCGGCAGCGCGAUUCGCUAACGACUCUCGACAGCGCAGCGACUGGCACCGACCUGAUGGGAAGAAGGCCAGACAUCUGGAGCCUAGUGCGACGAAAGUGGUCAACAUCUUCCGAGAGCGCUACCAGGAUGACAACCCCGAGAACACAAAUUUCCCAAGUAUUUGCAGUGCCAAAGUAAGCACAUUCCUGGAUGAACUCUCAGAGAAAACUGCAAAGAAGAACAAGUCGAAGAAGUCCACUGGUUUGGACAAGGGUAAAGAGCUCGCGCUGAGCGCUCUGUCCUCGCCUGAUGAGUUUCUGGGGCGUAGAUGGCAAAACACACAUAACGUCGGACCGCUGCAGCUGCUAGCUCUGAUCAGGGGGAAGCUUAGAGAGGAAGAACCUGUCCUUCUGUUCAACUACUUUGCCAUGCAUAGGCGCUCGGUCGAGAUACUCCGCCUAAUUCAGAAGAAGGAGCACCACAAGUUUGUCCAGUACUUUACCGAACGGUAUAUGCCCGACGACAGCUCCAUCUCCAACCUCGUCCUCCUAAUUCAUCACGUCGCUCGUGGGUCCGCAAUCAGCGGCCAGCAAUUGGGCCUCACAAAGUUAAACAGGGAUACCCAGGUGGUGAGCCGCAUGGUUAUGAGCUGCGCCGACGUCAUGAGCGCGUAUCUCGCCAAACAUGGCGAUGAGGUGGGCAGGGAACUGCGGACGUUUUCCAGGAAUAAGAAAUAUCUUGCUCUUGCCAUCGAGGAUGGAAAGGCUCUUCAGAAGGAGAAGGAGAAUGAGGUGGACAAGAAUUCCAUGUAUGUGUUUGGAUUAGAGCAGAUGCUCAGCCCUCGACAACUCGAGUCACUCCGAACGGGGAUUCCGAUGGCUUGA